UCUUCUCGUGCUUCUCGGUCUUCUUUUGUUAGUAUUGAACGCAGUCCAACGCAGCUAUGUGAGUCUAUGUACACGUGAGAAAAAAAGGCCAGAGAAAAACAUGAUGUAAACUACAAAACUACCACAUCUCAAAAAUUAUGCAUAAGAGAACUUCUCAAAGCGAAGCUAAAGUUUAUAAAAAGGGGAGCAGGAAAGUAGAAGAGCAUUUUAAGACCCGUCAGAACGACAUUCAUGAAGAAAGGUGAAAGGAAAUAACCUCGUUAUUUCUGUGACUCUACGGUGUUUACGAUGGUUAUCUGUAAAUAUUAUCGACAAGGCAAUUGCCGCUACGGGCAAUACUGCCAAUUCGAGCAUAUAAAUCAUUUCGGCAAUACUAAGACCGAGGAUGAUAUUGUUAUCUUAGUGGCCAAGGAGGUUCUUCUGGCCGAGAGAGGUGGACAAUGGUUGCUGUCAUGUUUUGCACCACUCAAAGAACGUCCCUGUAUUCCAGGAAUGGAAGACUUGUCCCCAGAGGAAGUCCGGUGGGAGAUAUAUGAGGCACAAAAAAAUGGCAUGGUUGAACAGGCAAAACUACACUUUCAACAAUUGUGCCAAGACAUGAAGGCGAGGAGGGAGGUGCUGAAAAAUCCCACACGAGAGAUAAUCACAUUGUUGAAAAAACUUUUGGGAAGUCAAAAAGCUUCUCAGUUGAGCCUACUCAAUAUGCCGACUAACGUAUUCGGAACCAUUCCAAAAUUUACCAUGCCAAAUAAUAAUCCAUUUGGUGGAGGAGGAGGAGGAUUCUUUUCUUCGAAUAAUGCGUCAAUAUUUGGAAAAUCCAAUAACACAACAUCCGUAUUUGGCGGCACGACAACCUUCGGAAAUAAUCUAGGCGGAUUUAGUGGCGCCGCAACGAGCGGUGCCGGUUCCAUUUUUGGAACAACCAGCACGUCGACAUCGUUCAGUGGAACGCAGAACAGCGCACCAACAUUCGGAACGCCUCAAAGCAAUGCUAUCUUUGGAGGAUCGUCACAGAGUGUGUUCGGUCAAAAUAACGUGUUUGCCACGAGCCAGCUUAGCAGCAACGCGUCCACCACUUCGUUAUUCAACAGUCCGAUAACCUCGCAGGUGAGCAGUUCGUUAUUCGGAGGCGGAGCGACGACUACCGUCUCCAAUUUGUUCGGCAACUCGUCUACAUCCGGAUUACAGACAAAUUCAGUCUUCGGCGGCGGUGGUGUCCCGACUACGUCGUCGUCUGGCUCCUUCAACAACGGGAUAUUCACUCAACCGAAAACCCAGAUGCCUGCGUUCGGCGGAGCACCAGUUUUCGCAGGAGUACCUUCCAACUAUAACAACAAUUCCGCGGGCAACUCGAUAUUCGGCGGUGGACAAACGUUCGGCGCUGCCACGAGCGGAUCUAUCUUCGGCGGAUCUAGUGCGGCUACCGCGACGCCGACAUUUAGCGCGGUCGCCGCCACCACGGCGCCGGCUUUCGGUACGUCUGUCGUUGCCACCACUACCCCAAGUUUCGGCUCCGUUGCUACCACUCCAGCGCCAACCUUCGAUUUAACUCAACAGCCCAGCAAUAAUACCACCUUCGGGACGACUGUAUCGACUCCGAAUGUUUUCGCUACGCAAAACAUCAACACGAUUUCAGUAGGCAACACGCCGUUUAGUCCGUUCGUUACCAAUAGCUCGCAGCAGUUUGAUUCUACAAGUAAUACGAACUCGACGCGAUUUGCUGGCACGGAAUUCGGCGCGGUCAUUGCUAGUACGAAUAACACAUUUAGUACCUCAGAAACUUCCAAUUCGAUAUUCGCAAACGCAGGAACUACCUUCGCAAUCACCAAUGCGACCAUUCCAAACUCGUCGCCAUUCUCUGCAUCAACAUUCGGCAAUACUAACGCUUCUUCUUCUCCAUUUGGUUCAGCCACUAGCACAACUGUUACAACGACGACAAUUAAUACAAAUCCAUUUGUACCUCGGACGCAACAGGGUAGUUCACCAUUCGGAAACGCCGUGCAAAAUCAACAUAACGCUUCUCCUUUUGAAAAAUCGCCUUUUAAUGCAACCAACACCGUUGUCGACGAUAGCGUUUACAGCAUGGAUGGGGAUCUAACGGACGACGAGAAGAAUAUGUUCCUGGCUGAGAAAUUUAUUAUCGGCAAAAUACCACUCAAACCUCCUACCAAAGAUAUAAGAUAACUCAAUAAUUUCGUCUGUGUACUUAUAAUGAUAUGUAUUUGCAUGCUGUGAUAAUGACGGUUCUGUUAAGUAUCUAAAUACCUACAUUUUUAUACAAUUACUGUGUUCUUAAUCAGAUUUUUAAUAUAGAUAACUACAAAUUAAAAAAAAAUAUUGGAUUUAUUUUUUUUUAAAUAUAGAUAAUUAUGCAACUA